AUGGGCAACAUCGGUCGUCCGAGCACGGGGUGCUUUCUGUGUCGUAAACGGAGAGUCAAGUGUGACGAAGGCCGCCCCGGAUGCCGCAACUGCGCGAGGCUCAAGAAGCCCUGUCCCGGAUAUCGAGAACCAGGUUACGGCUUCAUUCGAACAGCCGUCUUUGUUUCGAAACAGGAAGAUACCCCGACCCCAAGAUCAUCAUCAUCCGAGAACCUUCCACAAGCAGUACUUUUCCGUGCCAGCUCGACGUCGACCGAGGGCGAUGAAAGCGAUUCUGCCAAUAGUGACUCGAUUCUUCACUCGUCCUCACGUGCUAGCCAGAGGCUACGCCUUGUGAACAGUCCUUCCGGGGAUCUGACCGAGCAGGCCGUCUGCUAUUCUCUUACACAACUCGAUGCCAAUUCUCGAGUGCUUUAUGGGAAUCAUGCAUUCAAUUUCCUACCCGAAAUACUCUCCCACUCGGGGCGAGACUCUUAUCUCUAUGCGGCGAUGCGAUCAGUUGCCGCGAUCAACUUGGCCAACCGAUCACCCACUGUCGACAUGCAACCCCUCAUCGAAUCCGAAUAUGCCCGAGCUGUGUCGAGGGUGACUGCUGCAUUGGCAGAUCCUGAACUAUGCUUGAGGGACGAGACUCUAGUUGCUGUUUGGCUGCUCGGGAUCAGAGAGCUUCUGGCCAGUGUCAACGGACCACACGGAGGCUCAGCACACCAGACACACGUCGACGGGACCCUCAUGCUUCUACGAUUACGCGGCGAAGAACAAUUCACCCGCCCCGAAGGCCGUCAUUUAUACCAUACACUUCUUUCGGCCAUGCACUGGAAGCCUCUGUUCGCCAGUGAGGAGCCGUCGCCAGAAUACCUUGUCCUCGAAUCACAAAUACCGAAAGCUACCUCUGCCGUCCCCCCGGCUUCCAUGAAACUGAGAAACUUUUUCCACGGUGUCUCUAAAUUGCGAGCCCGGAUCAGGAAUUUUCUUCUGAUGCCACAAAAUGCAUCUGUCGAUAAGAUUCAGACUGUGAACUCCUACCUCAGAGCUGCAGCUAGACUGGAGGACAAGGUCCGCGGAUGGUGCGACAUUCUCGAUUGGCUUCCCCGGAAUAUUUUGGUGGACACACCACAUCGAUAUCUUCCUCGCACUCCGUGGACGUCGGGAACGCUAUUCAGACUACAUUCCUUCGAAUCAUGGGACGCCUUCUUCCAUUGGAACCGAUAUUUUGUUUCAAAGAUUUGUCUGCAUGCAGCUCUACUCGACGCCAUCGCAAGUCUCGGGAGAACUCCUCCACGUUACGACAACGGGAGUUCAACAGAAGACACCGGCGAACUGGUGACUUUACACACCGCCGAAAUCCACAGGACAGUCAAAGACUUUCUGGGGACAUUGUCUUAUGCUUUUGGCGAUGUGGAUAAAAACGGCCAGGUGCGUAACACCGUGACUGCUGUGGUCGGCGACGGGGUGUCGACUGAGCAGCGCGGCAUCGACAUCCCAAGCACGUUGCAAGUGCAAGCACCCUUGUCUUAUUUGAUUACUUUGAAAUACCUUGGGCCGGGACAGCGGGAGGCGAUGUUUCUAGCUCUGCAGCGUAUUCGAGCGGAAUUUAGCGUAAGGUGA